AAAAUUAAUUAAAUGGGGAAUCUUUAAUUCUGAUAUUUCCCAAAAAUUUUCUUUACUUUCUUCUUCAAAUAUCACGUUAAAUGAAUUAAUUAAAGAUUUUUCUGGAAAGGAUUUUACAAAACUUGGAGAAAAAAUCAAAGAUUUAAUACCGUUAAUUAGAUUUUAUCAAAUCGAGUUAGAUGAUUAUUUUAAAGAGAUUGGAUACCCAUUUAAAAGUAUUUUACCGGAAGGAUUAAAUAAAGGUAUAUUUAAAUAUAAUAUGAAGAAAGAAAUUUUUUCAAAUAAUAAUAAUAUAUUACCACCUAGAAAAUAUCAAAAAAUUGAUUCAACUAUUAUAGUAGGUGAACAAACUGCUUUAUUAGCUAAAUGGAUUAAAGAAUGUAAUUUUGGAGAAUAUUUAAAAGUGGAAGAUGAUUUUGAUUUUAAAUUAUUGUUUAGAGGAAGUAAAAAUGGUUUUGAUAUUGGUACUUUUCAUAAAAAAUGUGAUGGAAUUGAUAAUACGAUCGUUAUUAUCAAGAUUAAAGAUUCUGAUGAAAUUAUUGGAGGGUAUAAUCCUUUCUCUUGGCAAAGUCUUUUUAAUAUUGGUCUACAAUCUUUUCCUUACGAAAAUUAUAAUGUUCCUUGUUCAUCAAGUUUUCUUUUUUCUUUAAAUAAUACUCGACUAGGAAAUGAUUCUAAGAACGUUUUGAGUAAAAUUAAAGAAAAUCAGAUUAAUGAAGCGAUUUAUUAUAAUCAAACUGGUGGUCCAAAAUUUGGUAAAUCUGAUUUGUAUUUAGUUAAUAUUUCAAGCCAAGAAAAUUUAGUUGGUCAUUGUAAAAAAUAUUCUUAUUCUCAUCAAAUUACAGCCAAAUCUUUUUUUAAAGUUGAAGAUUAUGAAGUAUUUCAAGUUAUAGUCAAUUAAUCAAUUAAGAUAGAGUGAAAUAAUAGAUGGAUUCAGGGAUAUUAAACGUAUUAUGGGGAAUGGGGAAUGGGGAAUAAUGGGAAUUAGACAUGGUGCGGAUACAUCAUAAAGACAUAGAAUAAUAAGUACGUCAUUACUGCUAAACUUGAAGGAAAUUUUAGACAGAAAGGGUCUUUUAAUUCUUAUCAACAUAGAAGCUUUAUAUAUUUUAAUGGCGAAAAUUGUAAUAUAAAAAUUUCUUAUAUUAUUUGUCAACUUUAUUUAAUUUGAGUACAUAAAAUAAUAAAAAUACUGUAUUUUAAAA